AUGAAAGGUUACGUUUUACCAGAAUUAGAGGAUAUAGCUAACUUCGAAACCAUUCUUGACAACUUAACGGAUGAUGAUAUUUAUGUUGUUACAGAUUUUUUCAAAAAAUACGAAAAAUCAAAUGAUGGAAUUUUAAUUCAAUACAUUUCUCUGAUAAAUACAUAUUGUAACAUUAGAUACCACAAAAUUGAUACAUAUACAAAAGCUCUUAUUGAAUUACAACGCGAUCCAAAGCUACAUUCUUUAAUUCCAAAAUAUAUAUCUGGAAAACCUAUUGCUUUGUUGAUUAUUGGCGGUUAUUAUACAUUCUCUGACUUUAAACAUUGUAGUGAUAGAACAAAAAUCUAUAUUGACGCACUUUCAAAUAAUGAUCCUGAAACAAUGAAAUAUAUACUCAGAUAUGGGUAUCCAAAAGGUACUCUACACGAUGCAAUCAUCCAUGAUAAGCUUUCUGACUUAAAAAACUUUCCAUUAACAAAAUUCAUUAAAACAAGUCCUUUGGCUAUAUCCAUCCAAGAAAACCUCGAUAUUGAAGCUUUUUGUUUAAUUUAUGGUGCCGAAAACUGUUAUUUUCGAUUCCAAAAUUCGAAUAUCAAAAGAGCUCAUCCGCAUUGUAUCAUGGCCUUGAUAUACAUGAAUAACUUGGAUAGACUCAAGAGUUACUCCGAAGAAAAGAACUUAUCAAUGAUAAAUGCGAUUUAUUUCGCCACAAGUUACAGAAGACAAGAAAUUUUUGAUUGGUUGGUCACAUCACAAACCGGUCUUCCUGAAGAUUUCAAUGGUUUUGUUGAUUAUUCAAAUCCGUGGAGAAUUUCACAUUUUUUAGAACUUGACGGAAUUUCCCAUUUCAUGAAUCCCAGACAAUUCUCAUUGGCUGUUAAGAGGAACUGUUAUGAAAUUGUUAAGUAUUUUCUUUCUCAUGGAUAUUUUGAUUUGAAUAAUGAUGAAUUCAGUGCAUUUUUGACUCAAGAAGAUAUAGAUAGUAUCAUGUUAUGUGCUAUUUCUCAACGCAAUGUCGAAAUGAUCAAAUUAUUGCAGCAAUACGGAUAUAAUUUUUCGGAUUUACUUGAUCAAGCUGUAGAAACAGGUGAUAUUGAUUUAGUCAAGUAUUUAAUACCUGACCCGCAGAAUUAUAAGUCAUAUUCUCAGCAAAGAAAGACAUUACUCUUUAAUGCAGUUAAAUCAGAUGAUUUUGAAGUCAUGAAGUACUUUAUUGAUAAUGGUCAUGAUAUUAAUCAAUAUUGUUUUGAUGGUUUCGAACUCUUUUCUGUUCUUUCUUACGCAAUUAAACUUGGUAACUUGAAAACUGUUGAAUUUCUCAUUGAUUCGGGCGCAAAUGUCAAUUAUGAGUACAAUGGAUCUGUUUAUCCAUUAAUUGCUGCUAUGUGCUAUGAUAAAUUUGAGAUAUUUAAAUUACUUAUCGAAAGAAAAGCAGAUAUUGAAAAUUGCUACAAUUUACAUACGGAUUUAAGAGAAUAUGGUAAUAUUUUCAGCCUGUUCACUGAUCUUCCGAGUCUCCAGUUCAUUGAUCCAUUUCUCAUUGCUUUAUCAAUGGGUGAUGUUAGAUAUUUGGAGAUACUACUUGAGAAUAACAUAAAAAUAGAGACAAAAAGUGGUUAUGAUUACUUUAUUACAACUAUCCUCAUGAAUACUGAACAAACAAUCAGCAAAAUCUUGUUAGAAAAGAUUGAUUGUGAUAAAUAUGACUUGAUUGAUAUGGAUUAUCAUAAAAGAAACCUUUUGAAUAACGAUCAAAGCGAAAUUUAUGAACCAGGAGAUCCAAGAUUCAAAAUUAAUGGUGUAGAUGUUGGAUCAAAGAUCAGUACGUAUUUGGGCCGGGAAUUGUCCUAUAACGAAAUGAAAUAUUACUUUGAUUUGGUUAAAUUUGUUUUAAUUACAAAUUGUGACCAAACGGAACGUAUAGUAUCUAAUGAUCUCUUCACAGAAGAAGAUCUGCUUCCUUUGUUGGAGUUUUAUGACUUAGAUAUAAUUCAAAGGCCAAUUACUCAAACAAUGAUUAAAUUAAACAAUGCACUUCUGGAUAAUUCGUCCAGUUUUGAUCGUUCUUUGAUUUCUAAUCCUGUUUAUCAAAAUUAUUUGAUAAAAAUGAUGAAUAAAUAA